GCUCUCGUCCGGCGUGCGCGGUGUUUCGGCCCCGCGAAGCAGCGGCGGCCUUGAGGGAGGGGGCCGGCGGCCGCCGGUGCGCGGGCAGGGGGCGGUCGGGCGAGGCGAGGCGAGGUGGCCGCGCGGAUGAUGACGGGGCUGGUGGGCAGCCCGGUGGGUGCCGUCAUGCAGGAGAACUUCGGGUGCUCCGUCGCCAAUCGCUUCUACCAGCUCCUGGACGACGAGUCGGACCCGUUCGACGUCCUGCGCGAGGCCGAGCGCCGCCAGCAGCAGAGGAAGAAGCGCGACGAGGCGGCGGCCGUCGCCAGGCGAGCCGUGCCCGGCGGCCGGGCGGGCGGCGGCAAGAGGGAGAUCCAGAAGGAGCGCAAGCAGCUGGAGAGCUCCCCUGCGCCCUCCCCUGCGGCGCCGCGGCAGCCAGGCCCAAAGCGAGUACCCAGGCAGGGAGAGCAACAAGGGUUCAGUAACAGAGGCACAGAGGGGAAACAGGACAAAACUGAAUGGAGACCAUCUUUCAGGGAAUACCGUCCCUAUGGAGCACAAAGACAAGUGGAAUUCUCAGUGGAACGACCAGUGGAAAGAUUAGACUAUGAAAGACCAAUAAGAGGACGUGGUGGGGGAAGAGGCAGAAUGAGAGGUAGAGGAAGAGGUGGUGGAUUAAAUGGAAGUUUUGAUGGGUUUGACCAAAGAAGAAAACGUGAACCUGAAAGGCAAAGUGGGAAUGAUAAAACAGGUGUGAAAGCAGAUGACAAAAAGGGUGGAGGUGGAGCUCGCAACUACAGAACAAAAGAUGAUACAAGUGGAAAGGGACACACUGCAUCUGUGGAGGAGACCGUGGACAGUCCUGAACAGCCAGGGACAUCUGAAGGAGAGCCUCUGAGCAAAGCUGCUGAAGGAGAGCCAAUGGAAGAAGUGGUUCAAGAAAUGACAUUAGAUGAGUGGAAAAAUCUUCAGCAACGGAAUAGACCAAAGCCUGAAUUCAACAUCCGGAAGCCAGAAUCCACUGUUCCUUCCAAAGCAGUGGUGAUUCACAAGUCAAAAUAUAGUGAUGAUUUGCAAAAAGAAGACUUUGAAGACAAUUCUUAUGUCUUUCGAAAACCAGUAAAUGAUAUAACUUCUCAGCUGGAUAUUAAUUUUGGGAGUCUUCCUCGCCCUGGCCGUGGAUCAAGAGGAGCACGAGGUGGUCGUGGCAGAAGACCUGAAGAGAUAGGACGUCGACCAGAAGUAGUGGUGCAUCUUGUUGCUCCAAAUCCUGAUGAUCCUGAGGAUUUUCCAGCAUUAGCUUGAAGACCUAUCAUGAACGGUGGGGGACUCAGAGCCAUUCUGGAUCAUAUGAGAGAAACAAGAAAAUGGUGCCAGAGGUGAUGACAGAAAGAAAUGAGAGGACAAGCACACUGGACAUCUUGGAAGUAGCUGUCAGCCUCAGACGAAUCUUCAAAUGCCUGCUCAACUUGAACAUGUUCUUUAAAUUUACUGGGAAAGCAGAUGAUUAUAAACCUUCCACAUUUUCCAGUUCUGUGCCUCACUUCUAAGCAGUCUCCUUUGAGAGUUAAUAGUGGAUGAAACUUAGAAGAAAAAAGUUUUUCUUUGCAGUAAGCUCUAAGAGUACUCACAAUCUUAAAAGACUUUUCUCACUGAUAAGGCUUUACUCAAAUAGGAUGUAGUCAUCCUACAAAGACGCAUUUCUGUAUGCUCCAAACAGACGGCCUGCAGAGUAGUUCAGCCCAAAGGAUUUCUUUGCAUUGUUAAAUUACUUACAUGAUAAUGUGCUAUAACGUGAGAUUUUUUACUGCAGCAGGAAGAAUGUGCAAAAGCAAAGUGUUGGUGUUAGAGGAACCCAUGCUGCUGCUAUUUGAGUAACUGAAUGGGAUGAAAUAAUGCACACCUCCUUCACUUUGUAGUCACAAGGUGUUACUUGAAAUCACUGCAGUUUAAGAUUUACCUGAUGCUACUCUUUUUACAGGUGUUGUGUGUUUCUGCCAAAAAUGGCGAUUUAAUCAAUGUGGAAUAUAAGUGAUUUUGUCUGUGAGGUUCUUGGAAUAUUUUGCUUGUUCUUCCCUUCUUGUUCCCAUUUUCCCAUUGGACAGGGAAGAAUGUGUCUGAUUUUUUUUUUUAUAUUUUUACUUGCUUGGGUGAGUGUAUGCAUAGAAAUGUGAAGAGCUUCUUUGCAGGGCUUCUUUCUAUUUCUGUCAUGUUUUGAAUGUAGCCUUCUCUUCUACUGGCCUGUUUUUGCUAAGGAAAGUGUUCAUAUACUUAAAAGUAACCCUCCCUUUUUCUACUAAAAAUUAAAUCUUUGCUAUGCUGUGCUACUGGGCUCAAUCUGCUGUGAGGCAUUCAGUUUAGGUUUGACUGUUCUCUGAGACUGCUCUCUGUUUUAUUUUUCAAUUUCCUUCCUGCUGUUGCAAAGUUACUGUUUAUUCCUCUAACUUUGAUCUGCCUUUCAAAACAGAAUGACAAAUAGGUACCUUGGGGAAUGCUUUAAAUGACUUGUCAGAAUGUAUGUGUAUAAUUUGCUUUUGGUUAGCAGAUUGUAAAUUCCUGGUUAAAAGGAAAAAAGGCUAGUUACAAAACUGUUUAAUUAAAAACAGAACAAACCAACCAACCUAAAACAAAAAAUACAACCAUCCAAUCCAAAACUUUGUGAGAAUGAGAUUGUGUGAUUGAUUACUGCUUCAACCAGUUAGAGCAUCUAUGUGUGACAAUUUUAUUUUUCAGUCUGUCAGACUUGAAUAUGGUUUAAGAGUUUCUCUACCAAGUAUAGAAAAGAAAUUAUUAAUUGUAAGUGAUGACAGUGAUGAAAUUUCUUUGCCUAGCUGUGAUAACAGAACUGUAAAUCGCAGUCAUCUGUCAUAUUUAGGCUACCAAAAUAGCUGUAUCUGUUAAGCACAGAUUUGCUGCUGUCACUCCUUGUGUAGCUUUACUCCUUCAUGUAAAGCAGUUGGCAGCAGGUGUAAAUAUAUACACAAACACUAGUAGAACAUGGCAUGUAUAUUAAGAAGGGAUUAAAUGGUGUUGCAGGUCUUAGUCAUGUUAUUCUUUAAUGCACUGCUACCAGCUAUUCUUUGAACUAAUGUAGUGAGUGGCCUAGGAAAAACUGCUGCAUUUCAGGUUUAAGUUUUAGAUUCAUGUUAAGUUGCAGUAAGUUUGCAAAGAGAGGAAUUCAUCUCUCUUCAUGACUGUCAUUUACAUAUGAUAAUGUUGAUAUGAUGUUGUUCAGUUGAAUCAUAUGCAGUACUACAGUUUAGGAUUGGCAAGCAUAUAUUAAUAUAAAAGUGUCUUUAGAAGAAAGAGGACAGAAAUAUCUGUGCUUAAGAUAAGAAUACCAAAGAAUGAAUUAAGAGACUCAGAAGUAAAAACCCUGAGUUGACAAAUAGGAAUAUUGGGCAUUUGAGCCCAUAAGAAAUGAGCUUUCAGCUGGUUACACUUUUUUUGUAUGAAAACAGGCCUUGGGGUAAAAGUGUGCUUUGGGCCCAAACUCAAAAUCUGUACCUCUAGUAUGCUUUUAGUAGCUGGUUGGCAUUAAGAAUAAUCUUAUACAAUUUUCACAUAAUUUUUCAUUUUUUUUCCAGAGCUGUCACAGGCACAUACACACAUGUUCAUAUGAAAAAUUGAAUAUAUGUGUGUAUAUACACACACACACAAACACAUAUAUGUAUAUGUGUGUGUAUAUAUAUAUACAUGCAGUGUUGGAAGUAAUGCAAUGCUGACUCAUUAUCAGUGGAUCAAUAAUUGAAUAUGAAAAAUUAUUCUUUGCAUAAAAAAUACAUUUCAGUCACUGAAUAUUGGGCAUGAAAUCAGAGCUUUUUCUCUUUGAGUAGCAUAUGCUGAGCAAGUACUGAACAGUUUGUGCUUGGAGGGGGGCAGCCUUCAGUCUUUAGAGGAAGCAACAACUGUUACACUUUGGCUGUGUUACUUAGAAUUUAAUUUGAAUUACAUUUUAUCUUCAGCAGCUUUUUAUUUCUCUUUUUUUUUUAUUUUUUCAACAAAUGCCUUUUUGAAUUUGUGAUAAAAGUGUUGCAGAUAUCUGAGGCUGCACUGAAGAUACAACUACUGCAUCACAUUUAAUGACUGUUGGAGAUGAACCAGUGCUAAAUAAAUUGAAUUAAGUUUCUGCUGUCCCUGCUUAGGUAACAAAACUAGUUACUAGUAAAACCAACUAGCGUGACUGUUCAUAAUCUGUGUUCUGUUGUCUCUACAAUGUUUUACAGCUAGUUAACAGGACUCAAUAAGCUGUUGCUUGCUUGUAGCAAUAGUAGUUCUUCUGUUGACGUUUGUACAGUAGUUACUGUUUGAGUGAAAAAUACUGAAUUUUGUGUACUGGAAUUAAAUCAGCAGGAUAGUUCUGCUAAAACAUAAAAAUAACAGCAAGGUGCAAUUUUUUUUUCCUCAUGCCAGAAGAGAAUAAUAAGCUGACACGUUCUGAUCCAGGAAUUCUCUACUUGUUAGUUGCUUGGUUAUUUUUCUGUUGCUUAUGGAUUGAAUGCUUCUUUGCAGAGUUUUUGCUAGCUCUAGCAAAGACUUGGAACCUUAGAGGCUAUUGUGGGAAAAGAAAAACCCAAUGAAACUGCCACCAGAGUCAAAGAAGACCAGAGGCUAGAAAGAUCUGAUCAGUGGGAGGAAGGGAUAGAAUUCCAAAAAAUAAACAUUAAAUAGUAGUUGACUUUAAAAUAGAUACGAUGCUGGUGUAAAGAGAUGGGCAAAAAGCAUCUAGAAGCAUGAAAGCAGGACAAAUAUAAUGUGUUUUAAGUACUGACUAGAAAUUCAGUCCAGUGAGCAUGCCAUUUUGGGAAGAAUGGUGAAAGAUCAAUCUAGUCUAGCAAAACAUGAACUCAGGGAGAAAUACAAGGAUGUCUAGAGAAAAGCUAUAUUUGAAGGAGUGAUGAUUAAGAGGUUGAGCCCUUCCACUGAGCAGAAAACAAUGCAAUUAUUCAGGCACUGACAGAGACAAAAGCAAGCUCACAAGGGUAAGUGAUGUUUCAUUAUUUACCCUCCUGGCAUCACUCUCACUUUGGAUUUUCUUGCAUUAGUAAUAGGUGAUGCCAAGGGUCUGUUUCCAUUGUGCUGUCAGGGUACAAGGACUUUGGAGUUUGCCGCUUUAUCCUGUUAGUGCUGUAACUGAGCUGCAGCAACUGGCAUGGUUGGAAGAGCAGGGAGUUGGAGGUGCUAGUGACACAGAAGAGCUUUUCAUCUACUGCUCUGCUCUUAUGCAGCACAUGCUGGGUUGAGGGAUCAAAAACACCAGUGGCUGCUUGGCCUCUCUGGAAUCUUUACCAGCCUUGAGAACUAGGACAGACUUUGAUAGAGAGAACAUGGACCAGGAAUGGAGCUGUUUAAAGGACAGACUUUCUAGGUGCCUUCUUCCACCCUCUUCAUGACAGUCCAAUGCUUGACAAGGCUUUUGGAAAUAUCCCAUGGAUGGAGGGUGUCAUGUUUAAUACCAGAUUUACUUAAUUGAAGAUGGUUCACGUCAUGGCAUUUCUGGUUUAGAGUGAUAUAAAGUAUACUGAAAACACAAAAACAUAAUAUUAUAAUUAAUAUAGCAAUUGCAGUACACAGAUCCUUCACAAUACCAAUAUGACUCCCUUUACCAGUCCUUAUGCAAUACAUCCUCACUGUCAUCCUAUCAGGUGUCCUCAGGUGUCAAGAAGGAAUGUGAGGGUUGAUCAGUUAAGACCCUUCGUUUGCUUUGAAAUUCUUAUGGCAGUUGUCUGGCUUUUAUUUCUAUGUAUUCAUUGUCCCCAUGCUGUCUUCGUUCUUGCUGAAGAAGUACUGGUUGAUCCACUCAAACUUUGAUGGCCAUUUAUCCAAAACAAAGGCCAUCCCGUGUUCCCUCUGAGUUGAGAUAAAGUCAUCUUUUUAACUGCUCUAGUCCGUCACUCCCUGAGCUUGAAAAACACAUUACCCUUGUCUGUGUUCUCUUGGUCUUAUUCCAUAUUUAGGACUUAGUAAUCAGACACAUCCAUAUGAAACCAGCCCCAGAACCAGAAGUGCAAGAAAAAAAAAAUUCUUCCUCAACAAACCCUUGCUGAGAUAGGUUUAAAGCACAGCCUCUCUGAAGCUAGGCUCAGAUUUCAUGUACAACAGUGCAUCAUUUUUGCUAUAGCAUGUUUUUGUCUACUCCUCCAUAAGCAAUGUAGAAAUUGCAAUGCAAAGGAAGCUAAAUAGAUCCAAAUUGAAGUUACUCAGAACUGCUGUGAACAGAUUAUUCUUGCAGUGUGUUAACUUCUCAAUGGAAUUGUCUUGGGCCACUGUUCAGUUUUUCUCUGUGGGAUCCUUUCUGUUCUCUGCCCAGUGCCAGUACUUCUUAAAUUGCUAAUGAUGUCAUAGGGCUUAACUGUUUUCCUGUGGGCAUCACACGCAUAAAUUGGUGUUCUCCACCAUUCAGUUCUUCAGACACCUUGCUUGUGAGGAAAAUGUGCUUAAAAUUCAUGUAAGUUUGGAAGGGAUCACCUCACAACAAAAGAACACAGAUUUUUCAACCAUAAAACUCUAUCUUUGAGGCAAGCAGAAGUUUGCUUGCUUGUCAAAUAGGCUGUGGUUGGUGUGUACAAAUUCUGCAUUUUCUAAUGUAGGUAAGGGUCAGAAGAAGCAUUUCAGUUGGUCACUAUGUUUUGGAUAUUUUUUCAAAAUACUAAGCUAGGCCAUCACCCAUGCUUUUGCAAAAAUCAGUGUUCCUAAAAAUUUAAUUAUUUUUGGAAGUCUUCACUGUUGUGGUAAGUAUAAAAGUAUAGAGUAUUUAAGAUAAUGCCUGUUUCUAAAAAUUGAUACUAUACAAUCAUAGAGGAAGGAGAAAUAACUAAAAUCCCAUUGAUCUGUCUUACUGUCCUUUUUUCACUGUGUAACUGUCCCAACAAUUCAAAUGCAGGUACUGUUUUCCAAUGUGAGUUCCUGGAAAUGUAGAGCCAGAAAAAUCUCUAUUUUUGAAAUUUUAAAACUAUGUGUUUUAAAAAUCUGUGCUUUAAUUAAAGAUUUUCAGGCA